AUGGGAGCUGACCGCGAGCGGACCCGAGUGGCGGGCAAGAGACUUCACGGCCCUAGCAGCGACAACAUGCGACGCAAGCAAUUAAAAAAUCGCUGCGAGUCACCUCCAGCGCUGGUUGCUUCCGACAAUCGUGACAAACAUGACAAACAUGAACCGCGUCUCCGAGACAUCCUUCCCGAAGGUGGGAUGGUCUGGCCUUUCGAAAUUUUCAUCCUGGAGGACAAGUUUGAGAUGAAAAUCACGGCUGCGCUAAAAAAGGUCGCUCCUCGCCUGUCCGAUACGAAACUUGACGGCUUCUUCUCUGGGCUGUUCCUCGAAGCGACCGAGUUGCUGCAGGACCCAACGACUUCCGGCGACCUCAACUCCCCUGUCUCGUUUCUCAACGCCCUACAUAAGCGUGAAUCUGUCCGACUAUGGGCCAAGCAUAUUAGCAAAGUUCAGUUCGUCAUCCUGUUCCUGUUCCUCCGCGGGGCGCGCGAUCAGUGGCACCUCGACCCGGAAUCGUUCAUGGAUAUCCAGCCUCCUUGCGAGGUUGCUAUGGCGAUCGACGAGUUCGACCAAAAUGAUGCCCUGGAUUGGAGCGCCUCCGAGAUUUCGCGGGCGCUUACCCCGCUGCACAGGAGCGUUGGCCGUAUAAAGCUCCGGACUACUGGCGACGAGGACACUGUGAUGGACGACGACCCGAUGACACAGGCCGGCCAAAGGACAGCCCAGGCUCUCCACGGCCAAACCGACGCAGUGGUUGGCGAGGCUGGCAUGGACAACGAUGUUGACAUGGUAGUUGAUGGCAUUGGAGAGCUCACUAUACAACACCGGUAG